AUGUCAGCAAGCACUGGACAAAUGACCAGCAGCACUGUCUUCUCGCAUUUUUUGGAUAAUGUUUUCUCAAUUCCCCAAGGGCAUCCAAUUCGGCUUAGCUUUGCUCAGCAAGGGUAUGAUACCGUGGAAGACCUUCUCGGUAUUUGUGAGAAUGAACUUGGUACCUUUGGGUAUGUUCCUCCAACAAGCUUGGACACCAAUGACAACCCCCAGUGGACCCCAUUGCUCAUGGCACACCGACAGAUCCUUCGCCAUUUUCUACGUUGGCAGGCCUCACUUGAACGGAAAAAGGGAAGUUCUUUAGACAAUUCUGAGCUUGUUGAGUUGACCAGUAGUGACUUUGCCUUCUAUAAACGGUCGGCACUUGGCCAAGUUUCAAGCGUAUUGACCACUGCAACAUCUUCUUUGAGCGCCCCGGGCAUACCUAACAAACCUCGGUCGGUUUUUUACGGACAGAAGAAACCUGUUUAUUGUAAAGAAGAUGCAACUACCCUGUCUGUCAACAACACCAAUGCAAUCACGAAAAUUUCUGGAAUGUGA